UGGCAAAACAAUGGACAUUUCUGAACUGAUCCUGGAUCCGCCCCCGUUGAGGCGGACCCGGAUGCAAUGUCGCGUAUUCAGAAACACUCCUGGGACAUUUUACAUCCGCAAUAAGAGACACUAACAUGUUCCGAAUUAACGACUUGAGAAUCAUUUGUGAGGACGCGAACAGAGAUGGCCCUUUUUCCGAAGGAGACACGGUCACAGGUUUGGUUUCUUUUAACCUAUCAAAACAGACGAAAGUUAAGAGCGUCAGUGUGAAACUUAAAGGAGACGGUCAAGUUCAUUGGACUGAAGGAAGUGGAGAUGACGAAAGGUCGUACAGCGCAAGUAAGAGAUAUCUUAAAGUCAAAGAGUACCUGGUGAUGGAAAAGACAGAAGGCAGUGUACUUCCCCAAGGGACCAAUCAAUUCAUGUUCAGGCUUCGGAUUCCACAGGAGGACUUGCCAUCAUCCUUCAAGGGGAUAAGUGGCAGCAUUGUUUACAAGGUUGAAGCACAAAUAUGUAGGAAAUGGCAUUUGGAUUCUACAGUGAAAAAAGAGAUCCAGUUUCUUUCAAGGUCCAUACAAAACACUCGCCAAGUUGUGUGUCCACAGUCCAACUCGGUAAUAAAAAAGAUGGGAGUUUUCUCCAAAGGUGAAGUCCAAAUGACUGCUUCGGUAAACAAGAGUUUUUGCUUUCCAGGUGGCACACUAAGUGCUUUUGCCAAAAUCUCCAAUGGUUCAUCCAAGUCAAUGAAACCAAAAUUCAGUUUACUGCAAAGAAUUGUUUACAUCGCUGGGGGUUCCAAAAACAUCAGUGAAAAAUCUUUAUGCAAAAAAGUCGGAGACGCCAUCAAACCAAACUCUGAGGAAACUGUGUCCUGCACCAUCGAUGUUCCUCCAGAUGCCAUCUACACUCUCAAUAACUGUGAUCUUAUCUCAGUUGAGUAUUACCUGAAGGUGUACUUGGACAUUAGUUUUGCCUUCGAUCCAGUGGUGGCGUUUCCCCUGAUAAUUGCUCCUGCCGUUGCACUUGAUCACUGUGAGGACCUGGGCCCUUACCCAGGUGGUCCUGCCGGGGCCCAGAGUUACAGUGACUUCUCGUCUGCAGCUGUCUACCCUAGUGAAUUUAAUCCUGUACCUAUAAGCACAGGUGCCUUUGGGUACCCCACACUGGAAGAUCAACCCCCGUUAUACAGUUCUCUUUUUCCUGAUGGUCAAGGCACAACUGGCAAGAGUGAACCAGUUCAAAAAAGCUGAACUUAAGACAUAAAACGUAGUCAGAAUUGACAGUCGUGUCAGUUAUGUCAUUUUCUUUAGCAAUCUACAAUAAAGAACUUUCUGGUCAAAUUAAAA